ACGCAGCUGGCCCCGCUCUCUGAGAGCGAGCAGUGUGAAUGGGCGGAAAAGUAAUGGCAGGCGGCGGCGAGAAGCAAGAAAAAAAGCGAGGCGAGCCGAGGGGAGCAGGCAAAUCGAAGCAAGAAAGCGGGGGACGAGCAGAGCCUGCAGCUAGCCGUCGCCGUCGCCGCCGCCGCAGGUUACGGCUUGUUGUUAGGGUUUGACGCUGUUGGGCGCGUCGAGCUGCGGAGGCGGGGGCGGGAGGGGCGGCGAGAUGAUGGAGGCGGGCGGAGCGGGAGGGAGGGACGAGAGGGUGCAGCAGUGGGGCGCGCAGGAGGCGCGGGAUCUGAUCGCGGCGCGCGGGGAGAUGGAGCGGGAGGCCGUUGCCGCGCGCCGCAGCGUCAAGACGAUGUGGGAGGCGGUGGCCGCGCGGCUCCGGGAGCGCGGUUACCGCCGCACCGCCGACCAGUGCAAGUGCAAGUGGAAGAACCUCGUCAACCGCUACAAGGGGAAAGAAACUUCUGAUCCAGAAAACGGUAGACAUUGUCCUUUCUUUGAAGAGCUGCAUGCAGUCUUCACAGAGCGCGCUAGAACUAUGCAACGCCAACUCCUUGAGUCUGAAUCUGGAGCCUCUGUUAAAAAGAAACUGAAGCGACCUAGUGGUGACCUGUCAUCUAGGGAAUCUGAUGAUGAGGACGAUUGCGGUGAAGAAAGCGAAGAUGACAACCCCAUGCAUAGCAGAAAGAGGAAAGCUGAUGACAAGAAGCAACAAUCGCAACAAAUGUCAAGAGCAGGAAUUUCAAGCAUCCAUGACCUGUUGCAGGAUUUCCUGGUGCAGCAACAGCAGAUCGACAUCCAGUGGCGGGAGACGAUGGAGAGGCGUGCCCAGGAGCGGCUUGUUUUUGAACAAGAAUGGCGGCAGUCGAUGCAGAAGCUGGAGCAUGAGAGAUUGAUGCUGGAACACUCGUGGAUGGAACGAGAGGAGCAAAGGAGGAUGAGAGAAGAAGCACGGGCUGAGAAAAGGGAUGCGCUCCUGACCACUCUGUUGAACAAACUCCUACAAGAUCUAUAGCAGGGGGGAAUCGUGGUCUUCAGUGGAUAGCUGCUGUAGUGGACAUUGUUUUCUGACCGUGUCUCCUCAAUUCUUUGUAGCUCCUGCACAUGUUGACAUAUUGUUCAAAAGAAAUUCUUGUAGCAUUUGUAUUAGGUUCAUAGUGUUCUUCCAGGUUUUAAUUGGAGACAUGUCAGUAUUAUGUUUUAUUGUUGAUGUAAGUAUGACACUGUCAGGUAGGUCCACAGAUCAACUUUUUUGAAUUUUUUGAAAGGAUACUGAUCUCUACUAUAUAAAACAUAAGUUAUUUCUCCUA